CCAAGUUCACUUAAUGUAAUUCUAAUAUCAAUUUGGUUGAAACUAGCAUCAAUUUGGUAGUCAAUUACGUCCAAGUUCACUUAAUGUAAUUCUAAUAUCAAUUUGGUUGAAACUAGCAUCAAUUUGGUUGAAACUAGCAGUGACAAGUCGGUAAACAUUAGUAAUCACCGAGUUGUUUAGGCUACUAAGAUUGGAUUUGUUAAGAUUAGCAGUAGCAAAUCUUAACAUCAAUUCCAUGUUGAGCUAUAAGUUUGCUUUGGAUUUGGGAAUGGUAGAUGAAUUUUGCAAAAUUGAAUUAAGGCAAAGACUUCAUUAUCAGAUUUACAUUGUACAUAGUAGCAAUGACACCAUAAUAAAGGAUUAAAACUAAUCACAAUAAACUAAUUACAAUAACAACGCUAAACAGAUUCGGUCAACAAAUUGAAGUCAUUGCCCUCCUACUAUGAGCCCAAACGAAUUGUUUACCUGCAAAAUUGAAAAAAAGAGUAAAACAUAUUAGUUUCAGCCCAAAUUAAAAUCAUGAACCUAAUUCAGACCCAUGGCUUUCGGCCCAUACUUGGUCAACAUGACCUAACCCAGUCAAAAGGCCCAAUCACAGAGUCAACUUCGGUCAACUCAGGUCAAUGUACCUUAUCCCAUCCCAAAGGACUAGCCAUCAUUACUGCCAUUUCUUGAAAGGAGUAAAACGGCCACCCCCUCCCUGGAAACCAACUGAAAACUAACAGCAGAAGUGACAGCUGCCUCUUCAAAAUGUGGCAGGCGGCCACCCCCUUGAAAACCAAUGUAAAACUAACACCAAUCCAUCUAUGAACUAAAAACUGCCACCAAUCCUAAAUGAACAGUGAAAAACAGAUAUAAAUAGAAGCUUUACCACAAAGUUCAGGGAGGAGGGAUUGGAGGGGGAAAAAAAGAAAACUACAUUACAGAAGUACACAAACAGUUUGAGCUCAUUUUUCUUUUACACAAAAUUGAUGCAGAAAUUUGUGAAAUUAAGCAGAAGGCCAUUCUUAAGCUAAGAAACUCCAACCAGAUGAGAAGGGAAGAAGAAGGUGGCGGUGGUCGUUGACGAAGGGAGAAGGGUUUCGGGGUUUUGGAAGAGGGAGUUGAGGUGUAGAGAGGCGGCUAGGUUUGAUUUGUUUCUGGAAGAGGAAGAGAGAAGUGGAAGAAUCGAGAGAACAGGAGAGAGAGGAAGAGGGCGGCCGCCGCUGGCCUUAGAUUAGGAUUAGGUUUUUUUUUGUCUCAAGAGAUUGAUUUUAUACACAUAUGCAAACGACGAUUUUGCCCUUAGGGUUUCUAACUAAUUACGUACCCGUGCCACCGUCCUUUUGUGAGCUUACCAAAUUGCCCUUCCCCCCUUCUCUGCUCUAAAACGAGAUAAACAAAAAAUUUGUAGUUAGCGCGUUUCGAACCCUUGUUCCCUCGGUCAAACGCGAAUUUGGUCUGGCGUUUUAGCCAGUUGGGCUGCUAGCCCUCAUGCGUUAAUUUUAUAAUCCCGUAUAGUUUUAUUCAUUUAAAAUCCUUAAUACGAAAUGUAGAAUUGCGGAUUAAGUAUAUCUCGUUUUUUUUUACGUCAUAAUACUUCCUAAUAACUAAAACACUUGCAUUUUUUGUCAUAACCUCAUGAUAAUCUAAAUGAAUUUUUAUUAACAAAAUUAUAAUACGAAAUUCACGAUCAGUGGAACGUGAUUACAAUUAAAUUAUCAAAGUUCAAACGAACUACGUGGACUUCGAUCCCGUCUAACGGGUACGUAGGCAACCUGUAAGGUUCGAGUCCAAUUAAUCAACUAACUUUAUCUUUAAAUUUUUACGUCAGUGGGCGUAUAAUUAAAUUAUAACUAAUACGAUUAAAUCAUUAAAUGGUCCAGUGGGACCCCAAAAAUAUAAAAUAAUUACUAAAAAUACACCCAACGAAUACAAAAACUUAUCAACUUAAGUAGUACCGAUUUAGGGCGUUGUGGGGGUGUUGCUUAACUUCCCCACACGUAACCGUACUCCCGAACCCAGAACUUUAUUUUCGCAGACCAUGCCUCGGUUCUGACACUAAGGUUAGAGCCGACCGAAGAGUGUUCGAUCCACUCAAAGUAAGAUCGAUGGCGACUCCCAAAAACGCCGACGCGACGACAUUCGGACCCCCCCCGGACGGGACGGUUGCGACAGUUGGCGACUCCGCUGGGGACUUCGAGAGUCGAGCUACAUAACUAAGUUCGAUAAGUUUUCUAAUUUUCUAUUACGUGUUGGGUGUUUACUUUCUUAUUUGCGCAAUUAUAUUUUCGCAAUUUAAUUCUGCAUUCAUGCAUAAAAGCUCUAUACCCGAGCUAUCCUAUUAGAAACGGAAAAGGAGUACCGUGACUUUCACAGUAGUGGAAAGCACGCAAAACUUUCCAACCAAGUUGAACUCAGAUCCGAGGUUGAUCUUGAGGUAUCCAGCCAGUUCGUAAGGGCUGUGGCAGGAUACAACUUGGGAGCCAAAUCCCUAGGAAUCCCUCUGCCAGCAUAUAGUAAGCAUAGAGGCCUCCCUAAACCGUCCAAAAUAAUCCUGAGACAACCCUAGCACCACGUCAUUAUGCCCUCUGAAAGCCCUAGGUUUUCCCAAAUAGGGUUAUAUUUUUAUUAUCUAUAUAUGUGUGUUUUCUAACGUGAUAACUUGUGGUAUGUUCUCCCAAGUGCAAUAUAUUUAUUUGUGAGAACAAUGUGAAUUUUCUUUUCUUCUUUGAAAAAAUAGACUCAUAAGCAUCAUUCUCUUUUUGUGUUUUCAUUUAUGCAUUUAAAAUAAAUCAUGAAAACAUUUUCAAAAUGCACGUGCAUCUGUGCAUCGCAUAAGCAUCAUACAUACUCUCCAUCGUUCAUUCAAGUCAAUUUAAUAAAAGUAAUUGGUCAGGGUUCCUUAAAAUUGCUCGUCCACAAGGAAAAAAUCAAGACUUCAAGUACUUAACUAGAUCCAAGCUCGAGGUCUUUAUGGAUGCAUUUCAAAAAGAGUUGAACGACAUCAAAGGAAAGCUGACCGGGUUUGACGAGAAGCUAGUGGGGUUCGAUGAGAAACUAACGGGCUUCGAUGAGAUGAAAAGCCAGCUCAACACAAUAGUGAGCAUAUUGUACAGAAAAGGGAAGGAGGUUGCAACGAACGAGGAAGAAAUCGUAUUUGAUGACGACGAUCACUAUGAGCAACCUCAGGGAAACGUCUCAGGUAGUAAAUUCAUUCUCAUACCUUCGAAGAACACAGGCGAAAAAGGUGAUAUUGGGUCAUCAAAGCAUGACAAAUCCGGAGAACCCGAGAAGCAAGAGGAACAUAAAAUUGAAGCUAUGCUAGAAGAAAAAUUAGAACACUUGAAUGAACGAAUAAGAAGCAUAGAAGGAGUUGAGUCGUACGAGCCUAUGGAUGCAUCAAAACUAUGUCUGGUCCCAGAUGUCGUGAUUCCUCACAAAUUUCAAAUGCCAGAAUUUGAAAGAUACAAUGGCACCACUUGCCCAAAAAGUCAUCUGGUCAUGUACUGUAACAAAAUGGCCAACCAUAUUCGAGAUGAAAGACUAAUGGUACAUUGCUUCCAAAACAGCCUGAGUAGUUCUGCCCUACGAUGGUAUAUGCAACUAGAGAAAACAAAAGUGAGAAGAUGGCAAGACCUCGCAGAUGCAUUCAUGAGGCACUACAAGCAUAACCAGGAUCUGGCUCCAGACCGAGAAGAUCUGAGGAAUAUGGAAAAGAAUGAGAAAGAGUCUUUCAGAGAAUAUGCUCAAAGGUGGAGAGAGAAAGCUGCAGAUGUUCAACCUCCUCUGUCAGAAAAAGAGAUGGUGUCAAUCUUCUUCGGAACACUAAGGGCUCCAUACUACAACAACAUGGUCGGAAUUACCACAACCAACUUUGCGGAUCUGCUUGUAAUCGGAGAGCGAAUAGAAAAGGGUUUGAAGCAAGGUCGGAUGGAAACCCCAGAAGCCUCUAAUUUUAUAAUCCCGUAUAGUUUUAUUCAUUUAAAAUCCUUAAUACGAAAUGUAGAAUUGCGGAUUAAGUAUAUCUCGUUUUUUUUACGUCGUAAUACUUCCUAAUAACUAAAACACUUGCAUUUUUUGUCAUAACCUCAUGAUAAUCUAAAUGAAUUUUUAUUAACAAAAUUAUAAUACGAAAUUCACGAUCAGUGGAACGUAAUUACAAUUAAAUUAUCAAAGUUCAAACGAACUACGUGGACUUCGAUCCCGUCUAACGUGUACGUAGGCAACCUGUAAGGUUCGAGUCCAAUUAAUCAACUAACUUUAUCUUUAAAUUUUUACGUCAGUGGGCGUAUAAUUAAAUUAUAACUAAUACGAUUAAAUCAUUAAAUGGUCCAGUGGGACCCCAAAAAUAUAAAAUAAUUACUAAAAAUACACCCAACGAAUACAAAAACUUAUCAACUUAAGUAGUACCGAUUUAGGGCGUUGUGGGGGUGUUGCUUAACUUCCCCACACGUAACCGUACUCCCGAACCCAGAACUUUAUUUUCGCAGACCAUGCCUCGGUUCUGACACUAAGGUUAGAGCCGACCGAAGAGUGUUCGAUCCACUCCAAGUAAGAUCGAUGGCGACUCCCAAAAACGCCGACGCGACGACAUUCGGACCCCCCCCCCCCCCCCCGGACGGGACGGUUGCGACACCUAUCAUAGACAAUUUGAGUACAAUAUCCUUUACCAAAUCGUUAGCUUGAUCUUUAUCACUAACAUCUUCUCAUUGCUUGAUCCGAUUCCUAUCGCGAGCAAUUUGAGUACAAUGUCCCUUACAAAAUUGUUAGUUUGAUCUUUACCACUAACAUAUUUCUCAUUGUUUGAAUUGAUGUCCAUCAAAAACAAUUUGAGUGCUUCAUCCUUUACCAAAAUGACUAGUUUGAUCUUUAUCACUGACAUUUUCCUCAUUGUUUGAAUUGAUUUCUAUCACAAACGAUUUGAGUACAAGAUCCUUUACAAAAUGAUUAGUUUGAUUUUAUCGCAGUCAUUUUUCACAUUGAUCAAUUUGAUUUCAAUCUUAGACAACUUGAGCAUAUCAUGGUUACCAAAAUGAUUAGCUUGAUUUUAUCGCUAUCUUCGUUCUCAUUGGCCAACAUGGUUCCUACCACAGACAACUUAUGUACAUCGUUUUUACAAAAUGGUUAGCUUGAUUUCAUCGCUAAACAUUCUCCAAUUUGAUCCAUUUGUUCCUAUCACGAACAACUUGAGUAUAUCAUUGUUAGUUGUUACCGAAUGGCCAGUUUGAUUUCAUCACUGCCAUUUUCUUAUACAAUUUGGCUACCAUCAUCUUAACAAUAUGGAUACGUCUCUAUUACCAAAGAUCAGCUCAAAUUCUACUUUUGAGGGUUUCACUUUUCAAAAUGUGGUGUCUUUAUAGAAACUUUGUGUAACUCUUUAUACAAAGAGAUAUACAAAGGGGGCAACUGUAGACACCACAUUUUGUCCGGAAUCAGGCCUUAAUUGUAUCACAAUUAUAUUUGGAAAGGUAACUUGAAGUGAAUUGAUUGAGACUAGCAGUAGCAAGUCAAUAUGAACCAAUGAUUAUCAAUUAUUGUUCUACGCAUUGAGAUUAGGAAUUUAGUACGCUUCCGGUUUUGGAUGUUGAUAUGAAUUACAAUAUAUAGAGCACGAAUCAGUAAAGACUAAAAUAAACUUUGCUAAUUGAU